CAUACAUUUGCAACAUACGUACACAUAUGUAUAUAUAAUAUGAUGAUAGGUUAUGAAGUCAUGUAUUCCUGCAUCAUUCCAUAGCUCUUAUAGAUAAUGACGAUUAAGAAAUCAAGCGUUCGUUUAACAACAAGUAUAUCAACGUGAAGGGAUUAUCAAUAAAGGGCAACAUCCGUCGUUGGAUUACGAGAGUCAGUGGGGCAAAAUUGUACACUCAUCGUAUAGAGUAUGCAAUUGAAACAGCGAUAAUCAAACGGGGACGUGCAAAAUACUAGGAUUUAACAAUGGCAUUGACACCAGAUUUGUCCUAUUUUGAAUGGACCCCGUAUCUUUGAUUCUGGUUUCCGUUUUCUCCCGAGAAUGGACGGAUUUAAAGACAAUGGAGGAGGCAAUGAAUCAGAAUCUGACCAUGACUGCCCAGAAAUUCCUAACAUUCCCUGGGUAGAGAGACCUAAAGAAUGGACUUAUACAAUGAGAAGAAACAUGCAGGAAGUGGUACCUGGUGUGUUUCUUGGUCCGUAUAGUGCUGCCAGUCGCUCUAAAUUGCAAUCUUUGCUUGAUCAUGGAAUAACACAUAUAGUUUGUGUCAGGCACGCUAUUGAGGCAAACCUUAUAAAACCAAACUUUCCCAACAGCUUCAAAUACCUAGUCUUGGAGAUCGCUGACACAAUAACGGAAAAUAUCAUUCAACAUUUCAAAAAGGUAAAAGUAUUCAUUGAUGAAGCCUUAAAUUUAGGCGGUCGAGUCCUGAUUCAUGGAAACGCUGGUAUUUCGAGAUCUGCCGCGUUGGUCUUGGCGUAUGUUAUGGAAACAUACGAACUUUCACAAAUGCAUGCAUAUUCGAUGGUGCAACAAAGAAGAUUCUGCAUAAAUCCGAACGAAGGUUUUAUGAUUCAACUAAGAGAAUAUGAACCUAUAUAUCAGGCAGAGAAGACACUGAGAAAUAAACAACAAAAUUCGGAAGUUCAACGUAGUAAGCGAACAAUUCAUCAGAUUGAAAUGGACAAUCGAUCGCAAGAUAAGGUUGAAAACACAAUAAAUAGUUGAUGAUAACUUAUAGAAAGUAGGGAGAAAACUGAAGUUACCAAGGUUCAUUUUAGAUCCAACGAACGGAAAUAUUUAUCUUUUUUUAGCUCCCUGCAUUUUCUGCUAAUUUUUAUUUUAUUUUAUUUUUCUUAUUCUUUACUCAUCGUUUUAUAACU